GUUCCUAAUUGGCGUGCUUUUUGUAUCCUCAUAUCCCGAGAGUUCGUCCCAAGCACAUUAGAUCAGAAAGAAGGAGAAAAAGAGAUUAGAUUGAUAUCGGCAUCAUGGCUUCAGCGCCUCGAAGAAGCGGUGGAGGCCUCUUCGAAGGACUCUACAGGGUCAUCAUGCGCCGCAACUCCGUCUACGUCACCUUCGUCAUUGCCGGCGCCUUCCUCGGUGAACGGGCUGUGGAUUACGGGGUUCAUCGGCUGUGGGAGUACAAUAAUGUUGGGAAACGAUACGAGGACAUUCCAGUCUUGGGGCAGAGACCAUCGGAUGAAUGAACUAGGAACUCUUCCUUAUAACCGUUAUACAGUUUUUUCAAGUGAGGAGAGUUCGAGUAUGCAAUUAUGCAUUAGGUAGCAAUUCUUAUUUUCAUCAUAAAAGUUUUGAUAGAUUGAACUGAUUAUAUCAAGUAUGUUCAUGUUGGAUGCUCCAUUUAAUUGUUUCUGGAGAGUUGAAUCAGUCUUGUCUGGCCACAUUGACUCUGGAAAUUUCUUUUGUUGUUUGUUUAUGAGGUUUCAUCUA